GGCAUGACCAUCUUGCAAAUAGAAGGGAAACUCAACACAACAAAAAACUUAAUCAUUACCCAGCUAACUUGAUCAUUCUGUAAAAAGUACUAGUAUGAAGAGAGGGCGACUUCAUUAAUGAUAAAAUUAGUUCUUGACAUAGACCUCACCCAAAGCUUGGGUUGUGAGUUUGAACGCAUUCACAUGGUUUGAAAGGAAAGGAUCCUACUGCCCCUGUUAUGAUCGCGAACCGACAUGUAGGGAAGGGAAGGAAACGGAGAGGAAGUUGGGCAAUCUUGCAAGAAACAGUGACUUAACGCGGAGAUGAAGCCCUUAAGAAGUUUCCAUGUGACUCCUGGCUAGGUUACUAACUAGCAAUUACUGAUUUAGAUCUUCAUCGACUUCAAAAGGAGAAACAAGUAACAGCUCUUUUCAUUUGUUUUCCCAAGGAAUCUGCUAGAUAUCAAACCAGUUUUGGCACUGACAUCAGUAUGUACUGAUACACGGAGGAAGCAAAAAGAGCGGUGGUCAUGGAAAUAGAAGAGGAAGAAGUGAAAUGGGAGGCAAUGGAACCAGAGAAAGAUGAACCUGUUCUGACGCUUGGACUCCGUCGUCGACGUGCACCUGAGCAAUCCCUCCAUUCCCUCCUUCCAUCAUCAAUAUCAUUACUUGCUGAGAGCUUGUCUUAUAUAAAUCUGGUGAGCUUGAAGUUCUUCCAGAAACCUGCAGUGGAUCGUUCUCCUAUCAAGCACAUGUCAGGGGCGAGUCAGAAAAUAAAAUUAAAGAGAGCCAAGCGCUUGCCCCCGCUUAUGCGGGCCUUUGCCAGCCCCCGCCACUGGAUGCAGUUGUCUGAUAUAGGUCUGUCGAACUUGGAGAUUCUUCCAGAAAUCGUUGGGUCUUUCUUCUAUCAAGCACAUGAUAAGAUUCUCGACGGUAUUACUGCAUUUUUUUCCGAUCUCUUUCACUUGAAGUCACUUACCUUGAGCGAUAAUGAUGUGAGCCGGCUGCAACCAGUCUUAGCUUCGAGGAAUAACCAGCCUAUUCCAGAAUUUCUAAUGGAGAAGUUGCCUGAGUUAGCUUCGGGGAAUAACCAGACUAUUCCAGAAUUUCUAGCGGAGAAGUUACCUGAGUUACGCUCGUGGAAUGACCACUCUCUUCAAGAAUUAAUAGCAAAUACGAUUUUAAUGGAGAAGUUACCUUACUUAGCUUUGCGGAACACGCAGCGGCCUCAUCCAGAGUUACAAGCAAAUGAUAAUCGUCUUGAAAAUCUUGCUGCAUCUGUCUUCAGCCAAGACGACUCGAUGAAUGAUAAUGAUGUGAACCAGCAUGCAAUCUAUGUAGAGGCAGAACAGCUGCUGGAUGCUGGAGAAAGUUCACGUCCUAGAGAAAUAUCAGGAUGGACUUUGCUGAUGACAAACUUAAUCCUAGAGAUUGCAUCUGCGGUUUUUGACCAGAUGGGUUAUGCACAAAUUGGCAUGGUGUUGGCAUUUGUAGCUUUGCUUCUUGCUGCCGUUGAUCUCAUUCACAUGGCUCGAAAGGAAAGAAUUAAACGGGCGGCCGGCAUGAGCCCAUUGCCACUUUUUCAUCCCCGAUCAACUUAUACUUCCGCAACUAGAAAGCCUGUUGGCACUAUUGUUGAGUAUUUUGGAUUGGCUGGUGCUGUCUGGCAAUGUGUUUAUUCGACUGUGGAGUAUACGUAUACUCGUCAGAAGAAAGAUAAUCCAAUUAAGAUAUCUCUUCUACCUUUCAUUUUCUUAUUAUGCGUGGUGAUUUCCAAAUUAUUAGUCGACAAGAGUUGCAUUGACAAGAGUUCUUAGCAAUGGUAUUUUCUUUGAACUAGAAGAAAGUGUUUGAAGGACUCUUUUUAUGGGAAUGUGUCAAAGCUUUUGAUUCCUAGAUUUUCUUAUCGAAAA